AUGAAGAAAAUUGGAAAAUUAAAACAGUGGGCCAAUGAAAAAGUGGGUGCUUCUCAAAAGACGCAGACCACAGAUGAAUUUCAAGAACUGCAACAAAGAACUGAUGCUAGGCAUAGUGGAGUAGAUAAGCUCAUAUUUGCUACAAGCAGCUAUUUAAAGGUUAUGUCAAAAAAGGUGGCAUCCAUAGAAGAGAAAACGAAAGCAUUACCUAUCGAGUCUUUAGGCAUUGCUAUGAGAGUUUAUGGUGAAGAGCUAGGCUCCGAUUCUUCUUACGGAGCGGCUUUGGUCAAACUUGGUACUGCUAAUGAAAAGGUCGCAAGUUGUCAAUUAGAACAUGCAUCAAAAGUUCGUGAAGAAUUUCUCGAAAGUUUGGAUGCUUCUAUUGAAGAAUUGAAACAAUAUCAACAAAUGAAUAGAAAAUUGGAAUCUCGUAGACUCAAUUAUGAUGCAAAAUUAAAUAAAAUGCAAAAAUCAAAGAAGGAAAAGCCGGAACUAGAAGAAGAAAUGCGCUCUGCUAAAGAGAAAUACGAAAAUACAAAAGACGAGCUUCAUAAAAAAAUGAUAACAAUAAACGAAUCCGAAGAUCAAUACAUACAAGAAUUGACUGCAUUUUUAGAUUCACAACUAGAAUAUUUUAAAAACAGUUAUGAAAUUCUAUCAAACUUGAAAAAAGACUGGGUUCAAAGCUCUUCAACGACAUCAACACGGCGUAGUCGAACUUCGAAAAACAAUAAAGAUUCCAAUAAUUCUCAAUCAGAUGAGCCUGAUGACCAAAAUUCUGACAAUGAAAGUUCCCAUUCACAUUCGAGUUACAAUCGCUCCAGAGAAUCUCGAUCAACUGCCAGGAAAUCUAAAAAUUAUGCAAGUAAUAAUUCUAAAAAAGAUGGUAAUAAUCUUAGUGUCCCCAAUGCGUCGACUCGUAACAAGUCAUCGGGAUCUUCUGUUAAAUCUUUGGAUUCGGAAGGCAGGCAGUCUCCUGCCCGAAGAACAAGUGGUUCCUUUACACAAAAAAAACAAGUAAAAGCUGUAUAUAGUUAUGAAGGUGAUGGUGAAGAUGAGCUUGCGAUUGAGGAAGGUGAUAUUAUCACCGUCUUAGAAGAACACGAAGGUUGGUGGAUCGGAGAAAUUAUUGAUGACGAUGGUACUCGACGGCGAGGCAUGUUUCCUGCAAAUUAUACAGAAGAAUUACCUACGAAAUCAUCACGUAGAGUGUCAAAUUCAAUUAGAGAACCUUCUCAUGAAGAUGAUGAUCAAAAUGAUGAACAGAUAUACGAAGAACCUAAUCAGUUUGAAGACAAUGAAUCAAAUGAAGAGUCUCCACAGAAAAAAGCUUCAUCGCGCAAUAAUUAUCACAGUGUGCCACCUCGCAAAACAUCGUCGAGAUCUUCAACGCAUUCAAGCACUUCAUCUGCAAUACCACCUGUUCCAUCCCGUACUUCUAAACCUCCACCUUCUCGCAGCUCUAUAUCACGUCAAAAAGCAACAGAUUAUUCAUCAACUGCGGCUAAUAUUUCCCGAACUAAUACCCCACCAAAUGUUAGUACAUCAAGAAAUUCGUAUAUUCCUCAAGAAUUUCUUGGCAAAAAUACAGCUUCUAAUGACGAUGUUGAACCAUGCGCAGAAUGUGGCUGUGAUGAUUUUUCACCUAAU